CUCCAACCCCUCGUUCACCGCACGCAGUUGCUCAAGGUACGACUUCGACGGCGUGCAACCGAGCACAAGAAAGCAGAUACUCUGCGCGACGAGUGUCCAGCUGCAGGAGGGAAGCAAAGCUUGCACCUGAGGUUCCACGAUGGGGAAACAUUACUGCGACUAUUGCGACGUCUUUCUCACGCAUGAUUCCACAUCGGUGAGAAAAGCGCACAACAGCGGAAGAAAUCAUUUGCAGAACGUCCGCGACUACUAUGUCGGCAUCGAUAAGGCGCAGGCGCAAGCGAUCAUCAAUUCAAUCGUUGCGAACUAUGAUGCAAAAGGACUUGCACGGCCGCAAGCCUUUCAGCAAGGAACAGAUGUGCAAGCGAUGGGCUUAGGACAUCCACCCCCCUUUGCAGGGCCGGGAGGGAUGGGCCGAGGUCCCCCAGCCGGAGCAUGGGGCUCGCGGCCACCGCCGCAAAUAGGCUCUGGUGCUCCCAUCCGACUAGGCGUCGAUGCCCCUCAACAGUUCUCUGGGCCACCACCAGGCAUGGGCAUGCCCAUGGGCAUGGGGGUGCCAAACGGCAUGGCAGGCGGUCCGCGUGCGCCACCAAAUUUUGCCCAACCUCCCCCGAGCUUCGCUCAGCGUCCGCCAAAUUUUGCUCAGCCACCACCUGGCUUCGUCCAGGGGUCCCCAACAGGCUUCGGUGGACAGCCUGGAUCAGCACAGAAUCCGCCGCCGCAAGGAGCCGUAUAUGGUCGACCACCACCAGCUUUGGGCGCACAGCCAAGUUUCUCCCAGGGGCCCCCGCCUGUAGAUGCUGGAGGGCCGCCACGGCCGCUGGGGGGAUACCGGUGAUCGUCUGGCAUCAUUCAGAUGCCCUAUUCGGCUGGUUGGAUUGGCGAUUUAUGUUGUAUAGUAGUCGUGCAAAAUUCUGGCUAAGCUAC